CACUGACACUCGAGUGAUAAACACAAUGAAGAAGAAGUGAGUUAAAUUUUCGCGUAAACGCAUAUCAGUGGACAGAUUACCGAUUAAAUGAAACUGCAAUGGGUGACAGAAAUCUACCAGCAUGGAUGAACAGUAAAUCCCAUCAGGACAAACACACAUUGGGAGUCUAUAAAAAGAAUGUUUUGGAAGACGAUCUUCCUUACCUGGACUUUUGUGGGACAGUCAUAUACAGCCAUGAAAAACACGACUGCUCAUUUUUGUCAGAAGAUUUGAGAUCAACUGUGUCGUCUGAAUCAGUGGUGGGAUUUGAUCUUGAAUGGCCGCCCACCUUUACUAAAGGAAAGUCAAAGAAGGUGGCUUUAGUUCAGCUGUGUGCAUCAGAAGAGAAAUGUUACCUGUUUCAUAUCUCCUCAAUGUCAGGCUUUCCACCUGGCCUGAAGAUGUUUCUGGAAGAUGAGAGUAUUGUGAAGGUUGGCGUAGGAAUAGAGGGCGACAAGUGGAAGUUAUUAUCUGAUUAUGACAUCAGAUUGAAGAAUACACUCGAGCUGUCUGAAUUAGCCAAUGAGGCUUUGAAGUGCAGUGAGAAGUGGAGUUUGGAUGGUUUAGUCAAACACAUGUUAAAGAAACAGCUGUUCAAAGACAAAGUGGUGCGCUGCAGUAAAUGGGAUGAUUUGAGUUUGACAGAAGAGCAGAAGAAAUACGCCGCCACCGACGCUUACGCUGGAUUGCUCAUUUAUCAGAAACUACAGGUUAUAAUGGAGUCUGAGAGAAGAGAGCCAUCAGGAUCUUCAGCGGUGGAUUUAAAGCAGAGAGUUUAUCAGAUCGCUCGUGAUCUCAAGGAUCUAGCUGAUGGUUUUCCUGAUGAACUGGGCAGCUCGGGCAGUGCUGUGAGAUUGGUGAACGAUCUCUCUCGGACUCUUACGUCUCUAAGAUGGUGCGUGUUAAAGAGCAACAGUGCGGCUGAUAACUCAUCAGGAGCAGAGUCAUCCGUACAACACACAGAUGAUGACACCGCGUCAUCUAAGGGCAAGAGUCAGUGCGCUGUCAAACAUAGUGAUGAUCAAACACAUAUGUCUGAAUAUGAGCUACAGAUGGUGGAGAUGCAGGCCAGACAGGAGCAGUUGGAUGAGGAGUGUAUCUUAGCUUUCCAGACUCAGGAGCAGUCAGGCCAGCAUGACUCUUAUGAUGCCGAGAGUGAUGAAGAUCUUGAUGAUGAAAUGAUGAAGUGUGCUGAUGAUGUGGAGAAAGCAAAUAAUGGAGAGAAACCAUCACAGUCUGCUGCUGAAGAUGAAGAUGAGGACAUUGAAGAAGAUGAGGAAGACUUGUUUGAUUCAAGUAUCCCACAACCUGUUUCUGAGCAAAUUAAAUAUCUGAAAAUGUAUUUUGGGCAUCCCAACUUUAAACCGGUUCAGUGGAAAGUGAUUCAGUCCAUUCUUGGAGACAGGAGGGAUAAUCUUGUUGUCAUGGCAACUGGUUAUGGGAAGAGUUUGUGUUUUCAGUUUCCUCCAGUAUACUGUCAAAACAUCAGUGUGGUGAUUUCUCCUCUCAUUGCUCUCAUGGAGGAUCAAGUGCUUCACUUACAAAUGUCAAACAUUCCUGCUUGUUUUCUUGGAUCUGCACAGACCAAGAAUCUGUUUGAAGACGUGAAAAGGGGGAGCUUCAGAGUCGUGUACAUGACACCUGAGUUCUGCUCUGGAAACAUCCAGCUGCUCGCACAGCUCAACCAAACCAUCGGUUUAUCUCUGAUCGCUGUGGAUGAGGCUCAUUGUAUCUCUCAAUGGGGUCAUGACUUCAGAAGUGCAUAUCGUGACCUGGGCAAACUGAAGAAAAAUCUCCCUGACGUUCCCAUUUUGGCCCUUACAGCCACUGCGAGUCCAUCUAUCCGCGAUGACAUCGUGAAGAGUCUUAAACUGAUCAAUCCCCUCAUGACCUGCACAUCAUUUGAUCGGCCCAACCUCUAUCUGGAUGUUAGUCGCAAAAGUAAUGACGUUAUCCAAGACCUCAAACAAUUUCUCAUCAAAAAGAAAGGGGGAGAUUAUGAGUUCGAAGGUUCUGCCAUUGUGUACUGUCCAUCUAAGAAAGAAGCGGAGCGUGUGACGGCAGCGCUGUGUAAACUGGGCGUCCCGUGUGGAGUUUAUCACGCUGGUCUCAGUAUGAAACAGAGGAGAGAAACUCAACAUCAGUUCAUGAGAGAUGAGAUUCAGUGUGUGGUGGCCACUGUUGCGUUUGGGAUGGGCAUUAAUAAGUCUGAUAUCAGGAAGGUCAUCCAUUACGGUGCUCCUAAGGAGAUGGAGUCAUAUUAUCAGGAGAUUGGUAGGGCCGGUAGAGACGGACUGCCCAGCUCAUGUCACGUCUUAUGGACGCCUGCAGAUAUGGCACUGAACAGAUUCAUUCUCAAUCAGUCCAAAAGCGAGCGCUUCAGAGAUUAUAAAAUCACCAUGAUGGCCAAAAUGGAGAAGUAUCUCAAUUCAACCAAGUGCAGACGAAAGUUGAUUUUGUCUCAUUUUGAAGACAAGCGUCUGAGGAAGGUGACGUCUGGGAUUCUGGGUAGUCAUCAGUGUUGUGAUAACUGCAGGUCAGGCAUGAACACAGUGGAUGCCGGUGGACUUCAGCAGGACUUUGGCGUGUGUGCGUAUCAGCUGAUGAAGGCCAUAAGCAUCAUGGAGGAAAGGUUUGGCAUUACAGUGCCCAUCCUCUUUCUGCGGGGCUCAGUAAGUCAACCAGAACACAGGCAAUACACGAAAUCUGACCCGACUAGCUCUCAGCGGAUUCCCGAUCGCUAUUGUAGGCAUUCACUCUUCGGCAUUGGCAAGGAAGUCUCGGAGUGUUGGUGGAAAGCUCUUGGCCGAGAACUCGUAGCUGAACAAUAUCUGAUGGAAGCUACGGGUCACAACAAAUUUUCCACCUUAUGCAAACUCACACCCAAGGGCAGAUCAUGGCUGAACGAUGCUGAAGAUGAGAAACACAGAAGACUUCUGCUGCAUCCUAACAGAGAUCUGUUCAGUAGAGUGUCUGUACCGCGGAGAAUGACAGGACAUCCAGUACAGGUUGGGUCUAAUGAAUACAAUAAUCUGUCAGAUUACACACAGAGGUCAAAGGUCAGUACUGGAGUAGAUAGCCGUCACAUGAUGGAGAAAGCGGGCGUGUCCUGCAGAUCAGCAGUCAAGCAGUCCACGCAAACUCCUGCUGUUAAACCUCAAACACCAACUGUGUCUCCUAAAGAAAUCCAGCUACAGUCAGAGUUGUACAGUAAACUGGUGUGUGAACGACAGAAGUUGGCCAAUCUUAAAGACAUCCCACCUGCUAUACUGGCCACCAAUAAGAUCUUACUGGACAUGGCCAAACUAAGACCGUGCACAGUUGGUAGCUUAAAACAGGUGGAUGGAGUUUCUGAAGCUAAAGCAGCCAUGUUAACAACUUUGAUUGACACCAUCAGCAGUUUCUGUCAGAAACACAGAUUACAGGUGGAUGUUUCCAGUAGUUGUGCUUCAUCUCUCCAGACACAGUCCAUCAGCGAUUCAAUGAAGUAUUGUGUGUCUCUACCAGACAGUGUCUCCAUCACAUACAAACUCUAUCAGAUAGAGCACAAGAGCAUGAGGCAGGUAGCAGAUGCUCGCUCUGUGCCUAUGGCCGUGGUGGAGUCUCAUCUGUUACAGGCUCAGAAGAUGAAGUGUCCCUUAGACACAGAAAGAGCUGGACUCUCAUCAUCCAUCUAUAACACUAUCAGAAACAUCAUCACAUCUCCUCCGCUCAACUCAGACAUGAGUGAUUUUAAAGCCAUCAGGUGUCGUGUCCCUGAAGAUAUCAGCAACUUUUUGCUCAAACUGGCGAUUUGUAAACUACAGAGAGAAGAUUUGCCAGCAGCAUCAUCAUCAUCUUCUGCACAUCAGGACAUCAGCUGGAUAGAGCCGCUGGAUAAAGGUGGACGUGCAGGUGAUCGUAUGAUUGAAGAGUCACAUUGCGAGUCAAACAUCAUGGAUCAGAGUGAAGAUGAACUCUUUAUUGAUCUUCCCAUGCCACAGGAUGAUUCGUCCUCCAGCAGUGAUGUCCGGCUCAAGUCAUGUGACCUGACUUCUCACAACACCGGUAUGGAUUUGGCCUCCUGGAAUCAGGACAACCUGGAUAAAGACACUCAAGAUCUCUUCAGCGAUUCACCGGUUAAGACUGUAAGUCAACCCGCUAAGAGAAAACUACCUGACUGGACUGAAGGACCAAGCACUUCACUUACUGUUGCUACUGCCAAGAAAACUAAAAAAAAGAAAGGACUUUUCAUUUGAAAUCCAGCUGUGUAUCCAGCACAUUUUGUAUUUAGAAAUUUUGUACAGCAUUCCAUAUAAAUGUUUCAUGUUUAUGAUAAUUUGUAUACAGGUGUUGUUUGUAUCAGUCACUCUACUGUAGUUUAUUCUAACUUUUAAAAAAUAUGUUGAAAUAAACA